AUGAAUCACGGUGAUGAAGAAACUGUGAAAAAACCCAGUGUGGCGAACCUUGAUAAACUUUUAGAUGACUUCUUAGACAUAGAAAAGAAAAUAUCAGAAAUUAAUGAAGCAAAUAACCUACUGAUUCAUCAGCUGGAAAUGUGUAACAGGUUGCUAACAUUAAGCCAAUCAAAGGAGGAAUCAGUAAAAGAAGAAUGCAUUACUCUACAGAAUGUGAUAAACGGUCUAACACAAACCAUUGAAAACCAGUGUAAUGUCAAAGAUGAAAAUGAUAGACUGAAGAGUACCAUUCACAUCCUGGAAGAUAAAUUAAAGGCUUGUGAAGAGGAAUAUAAAGAUCAGAUUGAGAAACUCACGACAGAAAUUAAAAACAAAGAGGAAGACCACAAAUUAGAAAUAACACAGUUGAAUUGCGAUAUAAGGAAAAAACUUGAAGUAAAAGAAAUGGAGUACAGAGAAGAGAGAGAGAAAAAAGAUCUGGAAAUACUAGAGCUAACAAGACAGCUGAAAAUUCAAAAUGAAGAGAAGCAAAAUGAAAUAAUCAAACUGCAGAUAGAGUUCAACGCUAAAUUAGCAAGAGCUCAGGAUAAAACCACCAGGUCGUUUUCAGAUGCUUCUGUCUUGCCACAAAGUAUCUAUCGAAGGAAGCUGCAGCAUCUCCAGGAGGAGAAAAAUAAGGAAAUUGAAUGUCUCCGAAACACCAUAAGAGACUUAGAGCAACGUCUUCAUAAAGGCCAAGACCUGCACUUAAAACGGAAGCGAUUUUGA